AUGUGGAUGCCGUUAUCGGUGAUGACAGCGUUGUGUGUCCUGAUGGACGUAGCGGUGCAUAUUCGUGUUGGUGCUGCCGUCGCCAGUGCCGAGGAUGCACUGGAAGUAACAUUUAGUGAACGGACUCGCGCUGACUGGGAGAAGGUUUGGCACCAGGAAAGUCACUCCCGCUGUCGCGAAAAACUGAUCCGACAUCUUUACUGGGCAUGUGAAAAGGAUAUUUAUCGGAUUUCGAGGCGAAACGACUACAGGCAAGAGACAAAUCAGAGUCCAGAAAAGCGAACCAAUGUUUUACCUCUCCUGUCGCGGUGGACUAUCAGUGCGGAACAGGCGCAGAGUUUCUUACGCACCCGCCGAACUGGUAAGCGUCGCUCCGGUGGUUCAAUCACAGCAGAAUGCUGCACGCGAGUAGGCUGCACCUGGGAGGAGUAUGCGGAGUAUUGUCCCUCGAACAAGCGCAUUAAUCGUUACUGA